UUGGAUCUAUCAUUUGCUGCUUGCCACCAUGACGUCAGCUCAGGGCUGAACUCUCUACCUGUGGCUGGGACCUUAAAUAGGCUGACACCAGAAGAGAAAAGCACUUUCUCUUAGGUUUAGCAGCAAGUAGCAGCAGCGACAGAAGCGGCAAUGAGACGCUGCGUAUUCCUCGCUGUGGUGCCCAUCCUGGUGUUGAGCCUUUCGGAAGGAAACAGCACUGAAAACACUACUGCCACAGCUGCGACGACAAGCCCAACAACUACAGGAAACAGCACUGAAAACACUACCGCCACAACUGUGACGACAAGCCCAACAACUACAGGAAACAGCACUGAAAACACUACCGCCACAACUGUGACGACAAGCCCAACAACUACAGGUAAGGAACAAAAGGCCUCAGUCAUCCCUUUCCGAGGACAGAUUGGAACUUUUCCAACACGCAACACUAAGCUGUGCUACCGUCUCCCUUUCCUUUCAUCAGGAAACAGCACUGAAAACACUACCGCCACAACUGUGACGACAAGCCCAACAACUACAGGGGACUUGUGCAACCCAGACCCUUGUGGAAAAAAAUUGGCUAAAUGUGUUGCUUUAUAUAGCACUUUUACUUGCCUGUGCCAAUAUGGAUUCUACUAUAGCAACAAGGAUUGUCACAGAGGGAAAAUAUUCCCCGGGGUCAUUAAACUGAAAGGAUUUUACAGUGAUAGCAUUCAAACUGUAAAUUCCACGCAGUAUGAAGAGGUGUUCCAAUAUACAACAAAGUUUUUUAAGGAUGCCUUCAAAUAUUUAGCAGGCUUUGAACAGACUGUCAUCGUGGAAAUUCAACCUGUAAAAGAAGGCAGAGCUUCUCUUCCAGUGAGUGUAACAGUGGCAAACCUGUUUAUGGAGAACUCAACUGUAAGCACUGAGGCAGUUACAUCUGCAGGAACUGAUGCAGUAGAAAAUUCACCCUACGUCUCUCAGUACAGAGCUACAACCUACUGUGCUGCUUUUAAAUGUGAUGUUCAGACCACAAACUGCGUAGAAAGUAUGUUUCCAAAAUGCGUAUGCAAAAGUAGUUUCUCAAAGACAGAAUGGGAUGAUCGUUCUUGUUCAGAUUGCAGUAAAGACUGUUCUGCAGAAGAAAACAAGUACUGUGCAAAGGAAAAAGGGACUCCAACAUGCAAAUGCAUGCCUAACUUUGAAAAGAAGAAUGACAAAUGUGUACCUUGUCCAGUGGGCUACUCUGGGGAGAACUGCAAGAACAAUAGUGAACUCAUCCUUAUAAUAGUGGGUACAGUGUUUGGAGCCAUUAUCCUGAGUUUAGUGAUAGCAGUCUCUAUUGUUUCAGUAAGAGCCCGACGCAAACAAGAUCCAGAGAAGAAAAGACUGAUAAAGUCAGGAAAUUCCAACCCAAAUACCUCUGAUGACAGACAGACCAUGAUGUUCCCCAGAGUCCAGACCACUUCUGGCCAUGGAAACCCAGGAUAUCAGCCAAACAACCCAUAUGAGAUGCGUUCCACAAAUAGAGGUCAUUUUCCGGAGAGGGAUUAUGAAGAUUUGUAUGAAGCAUCACGGGAGUCUGAGGGCUUUAGGAUGCAGAGCAGAUACUAAGUGACCAGAGUGGUAGAAGGAUGGAUGACCACCGCGACCAUGGGUCAGACCAAAGAGUUUCACAGCCUCUCAGCAAUGCAGUUACUUCAGCAGAAAAGACAACAAAGUCCAUAACCCCAGAUUCUCUGAAGAUUUCUAAAGGAAGACCCCUGCUUGAAAGAGAUCAUGGACAACUCUCUGAAAUAAGGGAAAAAUGAAGGAAAGAGUAUGGAGAAGAAGAUGACAUUUAAAAGAACUAACGGACUCCAAUAAACAUUAGACUUCUUUCAGGAGGCCAGUACAUUGGCAAGAGAGUGAGGGUAGACAAGAUACCAGGAUUUUAACCCUGCUGUUUUCAGUUCUUCUGGAAGAUGGUCCAGGCAAUAUGCGUGAUGCUGAAAAAUGUCAGCACCCAGAGCUUUGCCUGUAUUUGUGCUCACUCCAUUUCAGCUACAGGCAGCCUGCAUGGCUUUGGACAGAUCAAAACUGUUCUUCAUGAGAACCUAACCUGUUUCUCUCUACUGUAUCAGAUACAGUCUUUUUCCCCUCCUCAACCCCCCAAUAUUUCCUAUCUGAAAGCAUUUUGUUUGGAUCUCUACUGAUAUGCAUUGUGUGAGACAACGGUACUUGUCUGACCUUUUACGCAGCCUUCCUUCCCAAUACAAUGACAAGAAACAACAUCUUCAAAUAAACUCUGUUGUUCUCCAUCUUGCACAACGACACUGAUUUUACAUUCUCAGCUCCUGUGGAAAGUGCAAGCUUUUUUUUUUUUUCCUCUUGCACUCUUUAUGUUCUGAUUGAAUGAUCUUAUGGUUGGGUUUUUUUAAAUUUCUUACAUACACUCAAUAAAUCUGUAAAAGAAUCCACAUUUUACGGUACUCUACAGAGUGUGCAUUAUCUAUUGACUAGCAUUAACA